AUAUUUUGAUUAAACAGGAGAUCGCGGAGACAAAGGAGACGCCUCUACAUCACUUGGAUUCAUGAAAACAGAUUACGAAGCGUUUGGCGACCGAUUCGAGGCGGUUGGCCGCCCCGGCCCUCCCGGACCACCAGGCGAAGUGGGUUUAAGGGGUCCGCCGGGUAUUAAGGGAGACGCCGGACAACAAGGAGAACCCGGCAGCAAAGGAGAUGUGGGCCCAAUGGGUUUACCCGGACCUAUGGGCAUGAAAGGGGAGUCGGGAUCGGCCUCCUCCUCGUCCACCGAUCUGAUGGUAUGAAAACAAAACCCAAACCCCAAACAAAAAACACUAAUAACAAUCCGCUGCUAUUUAUUUGAUGUGUUUGUCCGCUAAUAAUAAUACUCAUCCAUGUCUUCAUGUUUAUGACACACGAAAACGAAAUGCAUUUUU